AUGCCGAGAGGAGUGAUCAGACUCAUGGACAUCUCAUCAGUCAAGUACAGUACAGUGGUAUUGCUAAAAACUUUUAAUCUUUCUUGUUCACGUCAGCAGAAGCUACAAAUCCUGCUCUCGUUGGUGUUACUGGCUCACCUGAUUUGUGACACCGAGGCCGGGUCGAGCUGCUGCGCUCGUAAACCACGACCAUGUACCCUGUACGAGUUACUGUGUCGUGCGGGUCAGGGGAACGACACGGGCUCAGCGGGAAAAACAGGCCGCAUAACCAGCGACGCUUCUGCUGGCAUCCUGACGAUGGGCAAGCGCAAGGAAAACGACAGCCGAUACCAUGACCGACUGCAGCAACUUCUGCAAAGUUCACGAAACCAAGCUAAAGGAAUCCUAACGGUGGGGAAAAGAACCGAAGAUGGAGUCGCUACCCUUCACAGACCAGUUAAACUUGACCUUGAACAACCGCUCAAAUAUCUGAUGCAACCUGUGGAUCGAGACUUAAACAGAUGAUAAUCCUACUGAAAAAUCUCCACUGUGGUGUAUAUGUCAGCAUGUGUAAUGAAUGGUCACGUUUAAACAUUUUUGUCAGUAGUUUUGUGUGUUUUUCAGUUGUCGAUUGUAGAAAAUAUUGUUGUACUACACGAUGUGACCAACAGGUGGCAGAGUUGUUUCAGCUGUAUUACACACAUGAAUUACAAUAAACACGGGACAUUAUAAAAUAGUCAUUAAAACGGUGUGUUAACUUAUGAAUACAUUACAUUUAA